GGCACAUUUCCUUCCUAGCCUUCGCUUCACUUAUCUGAGGUGGUUUUUUUAAGAGAAGCAUGGGGAGUUGCUAGAGGGAAAAUGGACUCUUUAUUUCACGUCCUGGUUUCUACCUGUCUUGCCUUGACAUUCUCAGAAGGGUUUCUGAUUAUCCAUGUCCAGAAACAGCAAUGUCUUUCAGAAAAGAGAGGAGUCAUUAUGGAAAAGUGCAAUAUGACCAACCUCAACCAGAGGUGGCAGUGGAUGGCAGAUGACAGGCUCCUCCAUGUGAAAUCUGCCCGGUGCCUGAGCAUCUCCACACGCUCUGCCCUGUCGUCUCGCAGCAUCACUGUUGACUGUUCCCAGGCAGUCAGGUGGACUUGCCAGGAGGAGGAUGGGCUCCUGAAGGUGGCCAACAGCUCUCUCUUUCUCACAAAGCAAGGUCAGAAGGUAAUGGCCAAGCAGAGUAAGAAAUACCUUCACACAUGGAUGCAGCUAGAAGCCAGCGAGACGGGAAAACCUGUUUAUGUAAAUCUGUGCUCAAAGCAAGGUCUCCCUGAUGCAGACAUUUCUGUAUGGAGUACUAGAACUACAUCUCCCCCUUUAAACACUGUUACAUCUAAGCCUGAAAAUCUGCUAAAGAGUAGCACAGAGAUGUUCAUCAGAAAUGUGACUGAACAUGUCAGUAAAAAUCUUACUGAAAACCUCUACUUCGACUUGAAAUCUGCAGUAACAGAGAAAGCCUGGAUUCCAACAACUACUCUUCAAUACUCUAGCACCACAGAAGAGGCCGCGCCGGGGGAGGCGGCGGGAUGCAGCGCCAACCUGACGGAGCGGCGCGUCGCCGGGCAGAGCGUCCGGCUGCGGUGGGGCGCCGCGGGCCGCGCCUGCAACUUCAGCCUGAGCGGGCGCUCGGAGGACGGGGCGGCGGCCGGCUGCCAGCCCGCCCCCGCGGGCAACGGCUCCUACGGCUGCACCCUGCGCGGCCUGCAGGCCGGGACCCGGUACCACCUCCGCAUCGAGCCGCUCGCCGACGGGGAAGCUGUCAACAUCUCCCUGCGGACAGAUCCUUUACCACCACCUCGAGUUGAAAUUAAUAAGGAAAAAGCUACACUUACAAGCUUGCAGGUUCAGUGGGAUCCUUCCCCAGGAAAGGUGGACUUGUAUAACCUAGUAUUAUUUGAUCAUGAAAAUAAAAAGAUACAAGAAGUCUCUGUACCAGGAAGUAUUUCAAAAACAGAAUACACAUUUUCUAGUCUCAUCCCUGGGAAUAAAUACAAUGUUGUCCUCAGCGCAGCUGCUGGAAAUAAGACUACCCCAGAACUUCACACAAGUGGAUCUACUGUGCCAUCCCCUGUGAAAAAUAUUCAGGUCACUGUCAAGACAGACACUAUCCAUGCUUCAUGGUCUCCUGGCUCUGGCCACGUGGAUUCUUACAGGCUGGUGUUAACGGAUAAUCAUGUCCCAGUUCAUGAGAUUCACCAAGAAGAUCCUCUGACUUCCUACAGUUUUUCAGGACUUACAGCAGGCCACCUGUAUAACCUCUCUAUCAUAACCCAGGCUGCAGGACUGGAGAGCAGCAGUUCUCAAACAGUCAGGACAGCCCCAGCCGAAGUCUUAGAUUUGACGGUGACUAACGAUGACAGCUUAGAUGCUUUAAAAGUUCAGUGGAGAAGACCUUCAGGAAACCUCAAUUUCUAUAAUAUCACUCUGUCUCAUCUUGGAUCAGUUAAAGAAGUCAAAACUCUACAGCCACCGGUUACAGAGACUCACUUUGACAAGCUAACUCCAGGACGUCUUUAUCAGGUUACUGCCCGCACAAUCAGUGGUGAAUUGUUUACUGAUCGGAUGGCAACUGGCAGAACAUUUCCCCACAAAGUUUCUGAGCUGAGAGCCGGUGGUGGUGGCUGGCUGCGGUCCCUGCGAGUGAACUGGCUGCCCCCUGCGGGAGACUGGGAGAGGUACCACCUGCUCCUGUGGAACCGCUCGGCCCUGGUGCUCAACACCACCCUCGAGAAGGACACCACGGAGUACCUCAUCCACGACGUGGGCCUCAUCCCGGGGAGGCAGUACAGCGUGGAUGUCAUUGUGGAGAGUGGGGAUUUGCAGAGCAAGACUAGCUGCACAGGGAGAACAGCUCCAGAGCCUGUUCUCCAUCUCCGUGUGAAGCAUGCUAAUGAAUCUUCACUUAGUGUCAUGUGGAUGACACCUGUUGCAGAAUGGGACAGCUAUGUGGUUUCACUGGGAGACAGGGAUCUUACUGUCAUAAAAAAAGGACUUGCAAAAGAAGCUAAGGAAUUCACUUUCACUGACUUGGUACCUGGAAGAAAAUACACAGCUACCAUCACUACCAUUAGUGGGAUUUUAAGUAACUGGACUUCAGUGGAAGGAAGAACAGUGCCAGCCCAAGUGACUGGUCUGACCGUGGCAAGUCAGGGAUCAACCAACAGCUUGUUCACCAACUGGACAAGAGCACUGGGAGAUGUAGACUCAUACCAAGUGCUACUGAUUCACGAGAAUGUUGUCAUUAAAAAUGAGACUGUUCCCAGUGAAACCAACAGAUACCACUUCUAUCCCCUGAAACCUGGAGGACUCUAUUCAGUUGUUGUCACCACUGUCAGUGGUGGGAUAUCUUCAAGGCAAACGAUCGCAGAGGGGAGGACAGUUCCUUCCAGCGUGACUGGAGUAACAGUAAAUAACUCAGGUCGCAGUGACUACCUCAGUGUUUCUUGGCUGCCAGCUUCUGGAGAUGUAGACAGUUAUUUGGUAACGCUCUCUCACGAUGACCAGAUUGUUCAGACUCUCACCAUUUCCAAAUCCUUCAGUGAAUGCUCCUUCAGCAGCCUCACUCCUGGGACGCUUUACAAUGUGAUGAUAACCACAAAGAGUGGGAAGUAUGAAAAUUAUUCCUUCAGCCAGGAACGAACAGUCCCUUCCAGUGUUCAGGGACUUACUGUCAGCAAUUCAGCCAGAAGUGACUACUUGAAGGUGUCCUGGUUACACGCCUCUGGAUAUUUUGAUAAUUAUGAAGUGAUCAUCAAGAACAACAAUGAUUUCAUCCAAACAAAAAGUGUCCCAAAGGAUGAAAAUGAAUGUGUGUUCACUAAUCUGGUCCCAGGGAGGCAGUACAGUGUCACGGUCAGCACAAAGAGUGGGAAAUACGAAACUAGUGAAAGGAUCUAUGGAAGAACAAUGCCAGAGUCAGUGAAGGAACUGACUCUUAGUAAUAGGAGCACAGAAGAUCUGCAGGUAACUUGGUUAAAGGCUGAAGGGGAUGUUGAUAAAUAUGAGAUUCAGCUCCUCUUCAAUGAUAUGAAGAUCUUCCCACCCAUUUUCCUUGGGAACACCGUUGAGGAGUAUUGGUUCACAGCUCUGACUCCAGGACGUCUAUACAAAAUUCUUGUCUUGACCAUCAGUGGAGAUGCACAACGUGCUACUUUCAUAGAAGGCCUGACAAUUCCAAGUGUGGUCAGAAACAUUCAUGUGUCACCUAAUGGCAUGACAAACAGCCUGAAAGUGAGCUGGACUCCUGGAGGUGGAGAUGUUGAUUCCUACACAGUGACUAUAUUUCAGCAAAACCAUCAGCUUGAUUCCCAGAGUGUCUCUAAACAUGUCUCUGAGCACACGUUUCACAAGUUGGAAGCUGGGGAGCAGUACCAGGUGGUGGUGCAAUCUAACAGUGGCACCUUGCACAACAGCUUAGCAGCUUUUGGGAGAACAAUUCCAGCCUCUGUCCAGGAGUUAUUAGCACGUCAUGCUUACAGCAGUCAUUCCUUGUUAGUAACCUGGCAGAAAGCUCCUGGUGUAGCUGAAAGAUACGACAUUCUGCUCUUGAAUGAGCAAGGAAUCCUCCUGAGCAACAAAUCAGAGCCAGCUACUGCCAAACAGCACAAAUUUGAAGAUUUAUUGGCUGGCAAGAAGUAUAAAAUACAAGUUUUCACAGUCAGUGGUGGGCUCUUCAGUAAGCGAGCAGAAACUGUUGGCCGAACAGUUCCAGCAGCUGUUACAAAUCUGAAGGUCACAGAGAACACUCCUGACCGACUGUCCUUCAGCUGGACCACCUCGCAAGGGGAGCUUGAUUCAUAUGACAUCUUCCUAUACAACCCAGACAAGUCCCUUCAUGACAGGAUUUCAGGAGAGCAGCACCUCCAGCAGUGUUCAUUCCAGAACUUGCGGCAAGGCAGGAUGUAUCGAAUGGUGAUUGUUACCCACAGCGGAGACCUCACUAAUGAGUCGUCUGUCUUUGGGAGAACAGUACCAGCCCCAGUUGUUGGCCUCAAGGCAUCCAACCGAAACAUGACAGACAGUCUGUGGUUCACCUGGAGUCCAGCAGCAGGAGAUGUUGACUUCUAUGAGCUGAAUCUUUACAACCCAAAUGGGUCACAGAAAGAAACAUGGCACAGGAAAGACCUGAAAGAAUGGCAUUUCCAGGGGCUAGUUCCGGGCAGAAAGUACACGCUGCUUGUGGUGACUCACAGUGGUGAUCUGACCAACACAGCAAAUGCUGAAGGAAGAACAGCACCCAGCCCUCCUAACACUGUAUCGUUUACUGAUGUUACCAACACUUCUUUAUCAAUCACUUGGCUGGGUCCUCCAGACUGGACAGAUUAUGAUGAUUUUGAGUUGCAGUGGCUUCCGAAAGAUCACCUCACAGUAUUCAAUCCCUACAGCAGCAGCAAAUCUAAAGUACGCAUCAUCUAUGGCCUGCGACCAGGAAGACUCUAUGAGUUCAAUGUUAGAACUGUCAGUGGUGACAGCUGGAAGACAUACAGUCAGUCACAGUCUGCAAGUGUGAGAACGAAACCAGACAAGAUACAAAGUCUUCAUUGUCGGCCCCAGACCUCUACUGCCAUUGCAUGUUCCUGGACUCCUCCUGAUUCUGACUUUGAUGGGUAUAGCGUCGAAUGCAAAAAAAUGGACACUCGCGAAGUGGAAUUUUCUAAAAGGAUAGAAAAAGACAAAUCACUGCUUAAUAUCAUGACACUCGUUCCCCACAAGCGAUACCUGGUGUCCAUCAAGGUGCAUUCUGCAGACAUGACGAGUGAAGUAGUUGAAGACAGCACCAUCACAAUGAUUGACCGUCCCCCUCAGCCACCUCCAGACAUACGAGUGAACAAAAAGGAGGUCCUGAUUACCAAAUCCUCCAUCAACUUUACUUUUAACUGCAGCUGGUUUAGUGAUACUAAUGGAGCUGUGAAGUACUUUACUGUGGUUGUUAGAGAGGCUGAUGGUAGUGAAGGACCAAAGCCUGAUGAGCAGCACCCAUUACCUUCCUACCUGGAGUACAAACAGAACGACUCUAUACGCAUCUACCAGACAAACUAUUUUGCCAGUAGAUGUGCUGAAAACCCUGACAGUGACUAUAAAAGCUUUGACAUUAAGCUUGGAGGAGAAAUGGAAAAUCUGGGUGGAAGGUGUGAUCCAGAUCAGCAAAAAUUCUGCGAUGGACCUCUAAAGCCUCGGACUGCUUAUAGGAUCAGCAUACGGGCUUUUACCCAGCUCUUCAGUGAAGACCCAAAGGAACUCCCUAAACCACUCUUUGCAGACACCUUCUUCUCUUUACCGAUCACUACAGAAGCAGAGCCUCUGUUUGGAGUUAUUGAAGGUGUGAGUGCUGGCUUGUUUCUGAUUGUGAUGUUGGUGGCUGUUACUGCUUUAUUUGUCUGCAGACAAAAAGUGAGCAGUGGCCAUGAGAGACCUACAGCAAGGCUGAGCAUUCGCAGGGACAGGCCACUGUCAGUCCAUCUGAACCUGGGGCAGAAAGGGAACCGGAAAACUUCCAGUCCAAUCAAAGUCAGUCAUUUUGAAGCACACUUCACCAAACUUCAAGCAGACUCCAACUACCUCCUGUCCAAGGAGUAUGAGGACUUGAAAGAUGUGGGUCGAAACCAGACAUGUGACAUAGCACUUCUGCCAGAGAACAGAGGGAAAAAUCGAUACAAUAAUAUAUUGCCCUAUGAUACAUCAAGAGUGAAGCUUUCCAAUGUGGAUGAUGACCCUUGCUCAGACUACAUUAAUGCAAGCUACAUACCAGGCAAUAAUUUCCGCAGGGAAUACAUAGCAACUCAGGGCCCUUUGCCUGGCACCAAAGAUGAGUUCUGGAAGAUGGCUUGGGAGCAAAAUGUUCACAAUGUUGUCAUGGUAACCCAGUGUGUUGAGAAGGGCCGGGUGAAGUGUGACCACUACUGGCCCCUUGACCAGGAUUCCUUGUACUAUGGAGACCUGAUUGUUGAGAUGCUGUCUGAAUCGGUGCUCCCAGAGUGGACAAUACGAGAGUUUAAAAUCUGCAGUGAAGAGCAGCUUGACUCAACGAGGCUUAUUCGUCACUUCCACUACACUGUCUGGCCAGAUCAUGGUGUGCCGGAGACCACCCAGUCCCUGAUCCUGUUUGUCAGAACUGUAAGGGAUUAUAUCAACAGGACCCCAGACACAGGACCAACUAUUGUGCACUGCAGUGCUGGUGUUGGCAGGACUGGCACAUUCAUUGCACUGGACAGAAUUCUGCAGCAGCUGGAUUCAAAGGACACUGUUGAUAUUUAUGCAGCAGUGCAUGAUCUAAGACUUCACCGGGUUCACAUGGUUCAGACAGAGUGUCAAUAUGUGUAUCUACAUCAAUGUGUGAGAGAUGUGUUAAGAGCUAGAAAACUUCGCAGCGAGCAGGAAAAUCCCUUGUUUCCAAUAUAUGAAAAUGUGAAUCCAGAAUAUCACAGAGAUGCUGUUUAUUCAAGGCACUAAGGAUGUUACAGACAUCUGCUUUCAUGACCACAUUUUUUAACUAGGGGGUUUGUUUGGGGUUUUUUAUGUAUUUCAUGCAACAGAAAGGUGCCAGAUUUUUCUGUUGAGACUGUGUAUAAUUUAUUGGUCUGGUGAUUUUUUUAAAGGAUAUAUAAUUUAAGUGUAAUAGAUAUUAAUGUAUAUAAUUGUAUUUUGGCAUUAUGUAAAUAUGUAUUUUUCUAUAUUGUUUAUAUUAAUAUUAAGCUUCAGAUAAUACUAUUUUUUUCUCAUCACAGUUUUUAUGAACUGUUCUACAUAAACUAUUUUAAAUUGUAUGGCUACCAGGACUGCUGCAUUUAGGACAGUAUUGGCAUAUAACACACAGGAAAAUCCUAUAAGGAGAACCUCAUUUUUUUUAACUAGUUCAAUGUUUGUGAGAUGAGAUAAGCUACUAUUAAGCAAGGGAACAGUAGUCCUGUGUAGGAGUUACAAUGCUACUCUACACUUUAAACUUACUGCUUUUUUGAUCUGAAAAAAUGGGUAUAACCCAUAACACAGUGACAUACUUUUUACAGAACUCAUUAACAUCUGAGCAAAACAGGGUCCACCUCACUAGAAGCAACUGUUUCAGUCUAAUGUGACAUAGUAGAAAAAUACCAAACACCAUAUGCUGCCAUGAAGCCUAGCAGGCCUUUUUCCCCCUGUAUGAUUUGAGGGGAGACGGGUCACAUUCUGAUUUCUUUACACUAGUUUAAGAGAGCAGAAUCAGACCACAGCCUGUGUCUGUGCAUUUUCACAUGCAUAUAAUUAUAAUACGAAAAGUGUUCAAGGAAACACCUCAGACAUUCAUGUUAACAGACCUUUAAGGGUGUGAAGUCUGGCAACUUCCACAGCUCACUAAAAACAAUGCUGUACCAUGACAGCUAAGAAAGCAGAGAGAUUAUAAACGUAUUGAAAUAAAGACAGAUAAUGGUAUAUUUCCUACAGUUUAAACUGGCUUCGGCCUUAAGCUGCUUGCAGCAUAGCUGCCUUGGCCCAAGUGUUGGUCUUUGAAUGCCACGUGCUUUCACAAAGGGAGAGCAUGGCCCCACCAUGUCCUCAUAGAAAGACUCCUCCGCUUCAGUAGAUGUUGCCUGAUGUCACCACCACAGGGGCAGCUGGAACAGAGAAAGGCUCAUCACUAAACCAGAGGAUGUAGGCUGGCAGGACUGUGCUAAUCAUCAGAUGACUCAAAGCAUUUAGUGAUAAGUAACAAGUACAAUCGGAGAGCACUCACCAGGUGUUCUGCCCAGCCAAGCGAAUUAAGACACAUCCCCUCUCCUCUGCAAAGAGGCUUCUCAUUCAAAGGACUGAACACUGUUCAGCUUUUCUUUGUCUCUAUAAAACACUAUUCAAACAGAGAAAAGGCAGUACACAGUUUUUCUCCAUCACAAAAAGAAGGAAGGGCUUGAUAGUUCUCCUUUCAUAUAUCUGCCCCUACUUUACCUAGAGAAAACAGCCUGCUGCUGAAGUCAAGUGCCUAAAUUCCACGUUUAUUUUGGAGAGAAAUAAAUAUUUCUGAAGGUCUUCUGAGAAUUAGCCAAUACACCUAAGUGCCUAACUGAGGAACUGCUGUGACCCUGAGCCAAGACUACUUGUGACUACAAGAUACCAUGACUUACUGAAGCUGUACUCUUCUUGUGGUAGGAACGCCAGCCUGCUGAUGGCUAAAGAAAUCAGCUAGGCAGCUCUGACAUAGUUUUCUUAAAUGGUUCCAAACCACCAGGACUAUGAACAUCCAUGUCACACUGGCUUUCCUAGAGAGAAGGCAACAGCCUGAUAGUUACUCUUCCUUCCUACUGCAUCCGGAGUCUCAGCCUUUCUUGACCUAUUAUCUUUGCAUGCCUCAGAAGCCACCUUUCACAGAAUCACAGAUUGGUUGGGGUUGUAAGUGAUGUCUGGAGAUCAUCUAGUCCAACCCCCUGCUAAAGCAGGCUCCCCUAGGGCAGGUUGCACAGGAUCAUGUCCAGGCAGGUUUUGAAUGUCUCCAGAGAAGGAGACUCCACAGCCUCUCUGGGCAGCCUGUUCCAGUGCUCUGUCACCCUCAAAGUAACGAAGUUUUUCCUUAUAUUCAGAUGGAACUUCCUGCAUUGCGGUUUGUGCCCGUUGCUCCUUGUUCUGUCGCUGGGCUCCACUGAAAAGAGCCUGGCCCCAUCCUCUUGACACCUGCCCUUGAGAUAUCUGUAUGUAUUGAUAAGAUCCCCUCUCAGUCUUCUCCAGACUAAACAGGCCCAGCUCUCUCAGCCUUCCCUCAUAAGGGAGAUACUCCCAUCCCCCCAUCAUCUUUGCAGCCUCCACUGGGCCCUCUCCAGUAGUUCCCUGUCUCUCUUGAACUGGACCCAGCACUCCAGACACGGCCUCACCAGGGCAGAGCAGAGGGGCAGGAUCACCUCCCUCCACCUGCCGGCCACGCUCCCCCUAAUGCCCCCCAGGAUCCCGCUGGCCUUCGUGGCCACACGGGCACACUGCUGGCUCGUGGGCGGCUUGCCGUCCACCAGGGCUCCCAGGGCCUUCUCCGCAGAGCUGCCUCCCAGCAGGUCAGCCCCCAGCCUGUGCUGGUGCCUGGGGCUGUCCCUCCCCAGGUGCAGGACCCUACACUUGCCUUUGUUGAACUUUAUCAGGUUCCCCUCCGCCCAGCUCUCCAGCCUGCCCAGGUCUCGCUGAAUGGCAGCGCAGCCUUCGGGUGUAUCAGCCGCUUCUCCCAGUUCUGUGUCAUCAGCAAACUUGCUGGGGGUACACUCCAUCCCUUCAUCCAGGUCACUGAUGAGUAAGUUGAACAGGACUGGACCCAGUACUGACCCCAGGGGAACGCCGCUGGCUACAGGCCCCCAGGUAGACUCUGUGCCGCUGAUCCCAACCCCCUGAGCUCUGCCGUUCGGCCAGUUCUCAAUCCACCUCACUGUCCACUCAUCUAACUCACGCUUCCUGAGCCUACCUACGAGGGUGUUAUGGGAGACAGUGUCAGAAGCCUUGCUGGGGUCAAGGUACACAGCAUCCACUGCUCUCUCCUUGUCCACCUACCCACUCAUUCCAUCACAGAAGGCUAUCAGGUUGGUCAGGCAUGAUUUCCCCUUGGUGAAUCCAAGCUGACUAUGCCUGGUAACCUUCUUUUCCUCCACAUGCUUGGAGAUGAGCUCUAGGAUGAGCUGUUCCAUCACCUUUGCAGGGGUGGAGGUGAGGCUGACUGGCCUGUCAUUUCCCCGGUCCCCCUUCUUGCCCUUUUUGAAGACUGGAGUGCCCUUGGCUUUCCUCCAGUCCUCGGGCACCUCUCCUCCAUGACCUUUCAAAGACAAUGGAGAGUGGCUUAGCAAUAACAUCUGCCAGCUCUUUCAGUGUUUGGGGCUGCAUCCCAUCGGGGCCCAUGGAUUUGUGCGUCAGGUUUGCCUGAAUGAUCUGUAACCCAAUCCUCCUCAACCAAGGGACAGUCUUACUUUCUCCACAGUUUCUCUCUUGCUUCCAGGGUCUGGGAUACCUGAGGGCUGGCCUUGGCAGUAAAGGCUGAAGCAAAGAAGGCAUUCAGUAACUCCGCUUUCUCUGUGUCCUUCUUCACCAGCUUUCACAGCUGCUCAGAACAUGUAAGAUUGGUUAACCUUUUACUUGUCUCUGUAUGAAAAUACUGCUCUUUCCUCUUGUACAUCCUCUUUGGCUCCACACAAACCUCAAGAUUCACCACCCUUCGUGGCAACUGAAGAAGGGAAUUAGCAUUAUAGUGGAAGCCGUUUUCACAGAGGCAAACCUAAGCAAAACCGUGAGGAAACAUGCAAAUUUUCUGCAGGCCUCUUUUUUUUCUCUGUUUUGUUUGCUAGAUAGACUGUAGGUUACCGAGCAAGGACAAACAAGCAUGGCCGCUUUAGAUUGAUUGUUGACCCUGCUAAUAACAGAUGAACUUACAGCAUCAUUAAAAUUGCUGUUUUGUUACGUGCACUGCAUUUAGUCCUUUCUUUUUGCAGUGGUAGCUGAGGAACGAAGAUCACCAUGUUUGUUACCAGCAGUACAAUUACACUGUGAAGACAUACCAAAUGUACCUUAAAUUAUUUCACAUUAUAUAUCACUGUGUCAUUUAUACUGAGGGAAAUGGAAAUGGCUCAACAAUAUAUGGUCAAAAGUCUGAUUGUAUACUAUGUAUGCAUGUUGUUUCAUUUUCAGAAAGACACACAUCAUUCUGCUCUUUUAUUUUAACGUUGUUUCUCAGCUCCCCUCUCUGCACCUACAGAGUUCACAAAUAUGCACCCAAAAUGAUGAUGCAAUAGCAGACAGCUAUUUUCAUCUUUUCUCUCAGCUAAUAAUGGAUACAGUUCAUAAGCUUCUUCCUCCUCAUCACUUAAAUAACAUGACAGAUGACCUUAAACACUCCGGCACAAUGCUCUUGAGCAGCUUUACACUCUGUCUAGAUAGGUCACGUGUGAGACUGUACACACAUUACUGCUCUGGUUCUGCUUUCUAGCCAAUUCUGCUCAUGUAAAACCAGUGUAGAUCCACUAAGAAUAAGUAAAAAGUAUCUAUGUAGCAUUUUGUUAAUAUAAGACACCUGCUAUCAGUAUAAUUAAUUAUAUUUACUGUGCCUCUAAGCUGAAUAACAGGACUGAUGGGAAAUCAUUAAUGUAACAAGAAUGGACUUGAAGGAGCCUGUGUACUGAACAAAGACAGCUCUUAAGGAGAAGGACAUCCUCCACUGAAGAGGAUGUUUCUCUUUUGAAUGUCCAUGAAUGAUGUUCAGAAUUCCCUUCUUGAUGUUUCCCCAUAAUAAUGUUAUAAAGCAAGGCUGGUGUUGUCACUGAUCCAUAAGCUAAGAUUUGCACACUUGGAGCCCAGUCCUUUGAAUCUCUGCAUUAUCCAUAAAGCUACCUGAGUACUUUCAUGGAAGUCAGCUGGUAUGCUUGCCUGAAGAAUACCAUUCCACUUCUGAAGCACUUGCAGGGUUGGGCUUUUAGGUUAAUUCAAAUUUUUGUAUUGAAAGUUAUUUAAUAAUGAAAAAAAUGUAAUAAAUGUUUUGUUUGUUUUUUUUUUUUUAAUCUGUGCAAUACAAUUACAAGAUCCACUACCGAUUGUAGGGAAAAAAAUUUUGCAUAGCUGGAGUUGAUAAAUGAUAUUUUUGUUACUAGUGGAACACAAAAGUGGGUGAGAGAAAUAGGCAUACUGUGAAGAUGUCAUAAAAGUGCAACUUUAUACAUUUUUCUCUGCUGCUAGAGUUAUUUAUACAGCUUAUAUGCGUGCCUAAAAUUGCCAGAAAUAUUGUUUUAUGCCAUAAUAUACUAUGAGUUUCCUUUCAUUUGUAGAACAGAGAAAAGAAAAUGUGUGAGCUUUGAGUUUAUAUUAUGUAUUGCAUACAGUUAUUUACGCUUUGACUUUGAAAACAAAAAGUUAAAUACUAGGCAGAUAGGAGUACAUGAGCACUUAGCUGUGCUCCUCAGCCUGGAUGUUAAUGUAUGGGCUAGAGGGCUGAGAACAGUAACCAUCUAAUCACUGUAUUAGCAUCUCCUCCCAGGGCCACAGAUCAGAGAAACUUGUCUGACAUCCCAGAGAUCCAGCCUACUGCAGCCACAGCUUCGCUACCAAGGAGUGGCGUAGCAGAUGCUUACAUUUAUUCAGAUUUCUUUCAGUGUAUCAGAUACACAGUUUGUGUGAAUAAAACAACAUAUCGAAUGACUACCACUCCCCUGAUGGCCCUGUCAUCAGCUCUGGAGCUGUGAGCUCUGCGAUUUGUAGUCCCAGGAGGCUGCAACUUGGGAUAGAAGAUGAGUGUGCACCCCAGUGCUUAGGCAGCUCGCUGUGGACCUCGUGCCCUCGACUGUCCCUUUCAGGACGACAAAGUCAAACUCCUGACUUGUUGGUACUGCCACUAUGGCCAAAGCAAACUGGUCUGUUGUCAGUAGCCUUGCAGCUCAACAGCUAGUUCAGACCAGGAUUUGGUUUCUAAGACUGGCAGGACAUACUGGAAACUGGGGACUAGCUAAAUUUAGCAAAUACUGUGGAAUUUAGGCACGUGCAGGGUCAACGAUGCUGGUAGAUUGAUACGCAUGAUGAUUUAGUGGUUUCUUGGUGUAUUUGAAAGCUAAGGAAAUACUGUAAGUAACAUCAGGUAGCUAAACGUGUAUUGCUCUACAGCAGGGUAGUAUGUUAUAGUGAAAAAACCCACAAUUUUGAAAUGUGGCUAGCCGUAAAUUCUUUGCCAGUGCCUGGAGUAAAGUGUCUGAAAAACAUCUUCAGGACACAUUCCAUUCUCAUAUGCUAUAUAAUUACUUAUAUUUGUGUUCCUAACAAACACUGGGUGAACACAGAAUUGUGCUACUAUUGUCAAUUUAAUUUAUGCAUUUGUUAAGUAUAUUUUUGUAUUUUUAGCUACAGUCAACAAAUCAAAUAUAUUUGAAUGUAUUUUACACAUUUUUAUAAAUAGUUCAUGAAUAAAACAUUCAUUUACAAAAAAUCA